GUAACAGACCGGAGAGCGGGUGGGUGCUGGGUGACAGGCCGGAGGAAGGGGAGCCGAAGGCAAGGAAGGUCCCAGCCAGCCGGGACCAUGGCGACUUACAACCCCACCGAAUACGAACGCAUGGAGGCUUGGCUGGAUGAUAAUUUAGACUUUGCACAUUCAUACUUUGUCCGGAAGGCCACCAGGGAGAUGGUCAAUGCAUGGUUUGCAGAAAGAGUGCAUACUGUUCCCGCUACAAAUGAAACUGUGAGAGAUCUCAGCCUUGUGAAUCAAAUGGCCCAGCCAGAGAGUGCCACUCCUGGGACUCCUACAAGGAAAAUUUCUGUUUCAGAAUUUGACAGACCCCUGAGACCCAUCCUUGUUAAAGAUUCUGUCGGGGGUUUAACAUUUGUCUUUGACUCGGAUAAAAAGGAACAGAUGCCGUUCAAGUUUCCAAAGGCUGCCUGUGAAGCCAUACCUGUGAACGAUCAGUGUUCCAGGCUUUUAGAACUUGUCAAGGAUAUUUCCAGCCAUUUGGAUGUCACAACGCUCUGUCACAAAAUCUUUCUUCACAUCAAUGAAGUUAUUGCUGCCGACAGGUAUUCACUUUUCCUGGUGCACGAGGACAGCUCAAAUGAAAAGUUUCUUGUAAGUCAGCUUUUUGAUGUUGCAGAAGGGUCUACUCCUGAAGAAGCUUCAAAUAACUGCAUCCGGUUAGAAUGGAACAAAGGAAUUGUUGGGUAUGUAGCAGCUACAGGAGAGCCACUGAAUAUUGAAGAUGCAUAUAAGGAUCCCAGGUUCAAUGCAGAAGUUGACCAGAUCACGGGCUACAAGACGCAGAGCAUUCUAUCGAUGCCAAUAAAGAAUCACAAAGAGGAGGUUGUUGGUGUUGCCCAAGCAAUCAACAAGAAAUGUGGAACAAAUGGAGCAUUCACCAAAAAAGAUGAAAAGGAUUUUGCUGCCUAUUUGACGUUUUGCGGGAUUGUCCUUCACAAAGCUAAAGUUUAUGAGACCUCAUUGCUUGAAAACAGACGCAACCAGGUUCUACUUGAUCUUGCAACUCUGAUAUUUGAGGAGCAGCAUUCCUUAGAAAUAGUUUUGAAGAAGAUUGCAGCAACUAUCCUUUCAUUCAUGCAGGCUCAGAGCUGUACCAUCUUCAUUGUGGAUAACAAUUCCUCUGAUUCAUUUUCCAGCGUCUUUCACAUGAAUUCUGCAGAGCUGGAGGAUCCGGCAGAGUUCCAGAGGAGGAGUUAUGAUAUAAGUAAAAUCAACUAUAUGUUUGCAAAGUAUGCAAAAAACACCAUGGAAACACUGAAUAUUACAGACGUUAACAAGGAUGCACGUUUUAUGUGGAAGAAUGAAAAUGCAGAAAGUACAAACAAACAAAUAAAAAGCUUGCUCUGCACCCCAAUUAAAAAUGGAAAGAAGAAUAAAGUGAUAGGUGUCUGUCAGCUGAUGAAUAAAAUGGGAGAAACUUUUGACAAAAUUAAGGCCUUCAAUAAAAAUGAUGAGCAGUUUUUGGAAGCAUUUGCCAUUUUUUGUGGAUUGGGAAUACAGAACACUCAGAUGUAUGAAACUGUCGAAAUGGCCAUGGCAAAACAGAUUGUGACACUAGAGGUCCUUUCAUAUCAUGCAUCUGCCACUGAAAAUGAAACUGAGGAGCUUCAGGUAACAGCGAUGCUGCCUGACUCAGCCAUGACUGUCCCUUCUGCUCAUUCACUAAAGCUGCUAGAUUUUAGCUUCAGUGAUUUUGACUUGUCUGAAGUUGAAACGACGUUGGCUACCAUCCGAAUGUUCAUUGAUCUGAACUUUUUACAGAAUUUCCAGAUGAAAUAUGAGGUUCUUUGCCGUUGGAUUUUAAGUGUUAAAAAGAAUUAUCGAAGACAUGUAGCAUAUCACAAUUGGAGGCAUGCAUUUAAUACAGCUCAAUGCAUGUUUGCUGUGCUGAAGUCUGGCAGGAUUCAGAACAAGUUAACUGACCUGGAGACAUUAGCUCUGAUCAUAGCAACCCUGAGCCAUGAUCUGGACCACAGGGGGGUGAACAAUGCUUUCAUAAAGAGGAGUGAGCACCCUCUUGCUCAGCUCUACUGUCACUCCAUGAUGGAACAUCAUCAUUUUGAUCAGUGUGUCAUGAUACUCAACACCCCUGGAAACCAAAUUCUGAGUGGCCUAUCUCUAGAUGAGUAUAAAGUGACUCUGAAAAUGAUUGAGCAGGCCAUUCUAGCCACAGACCUAGCAAUCUACAUGAAGAGAAGAGAAGAAUUUUUUGAUCUGCUGAAAACCAAUCAAUUUGACUGGGAAGUUAAAAGUCACAAAGAGCUUUUAAGGGCGAUGUUGAUGACUGCAUGUGAUGUGUCUGCAAUAACCAAACCUUGGCCUGUUCAACAAAAGAUAGCUGAACUUGUGGCAACAGAAUUUUUUGAACAAGGUGACAAGGAGAGAGAGGAGCUAAAAAUCGAACCCAUUGAUUUAAUGAACCGAGAGAAACGUGACCAGAUCCCCAGCAUGCAGGUUGGAUUCAUUGAUGCGAUCUGUAUUAAGCUAUAUGAGGCUUUGGCAGGAAUAUCUGAAGCUUGUCUCCCGUUGCUUGAAGGUUGUAGGAAUAAUCGAAAGAACUGGGAAAUGCUAGCCGCACAAAAACUGGUGAAUGGGGAAAAGAAGUGAUGUAUAGCCUUAUUUAGAUACCAUGCUCCUUUCAAUUGUGGCUUCCCACUGGGACUGUGAGAUUGGUGAUUUUACCCAUCAGUUUUAUAAAAAGAGUGACCCUAAUAACCACUCAUGUUGGUACUACAUUGUCAUAGUGGUCAUUAUCCUUUAUAUCUUCAGGGUAUAAUUUGGAAAAUUAGAUUAUCUACAUUGUAACAUAUUUUUUUUAACUUUAAGGCAGUACAUAUUGCAGAAAUUAGUUCAGUUUAUCAAUGUUAAAAGUCAUAACGGCCUAGUCCUCUUAAAUAAAGCACGUAACAUCAUGAUAACAGGACUGUUCCCUUGUAACCCACUCAAUCCAUCAUGUGUAAAGCCACUUUUCCUGGUUGGCAUUUUUCUUCUGGGGAGGCAAAAACUCGUGUCAAAUUUCACAAUCCGAGGUAGGGUGAAAAGACACUAAUCACGAUAAUUCUUGAUAUGUGCUUUACUCUUCCGUUUAAAGAAUGAAAAGAACAAUACCAAAAUGUAGAUAAUGCCAUGAUUUUUCCAAGGACAACUCUGAGAAUGUUGCUUAAGGGGGUAUCCCGUUAAUGUUAGACCAAAAUGUAAAAAUCCUUAUGAUCUUUUAAUGUGGAGGGUACUGCAAUGAAGAUAUUUCUAGACCAUGGAUGCUACAGUAUUAAGCUUAGAUAUAUAAGAUAGGAACUGAGUUCACAGCUAUGAUUUAUAACCGAGAUGAUCCACGGGCUUCAAGUGUACAAUUCUGCCAAGGUCAGAAAGUAGCAGUACUGAACAGAUUCUCUUGAUUAUGUUAAACACUGGUGGAUAAAUAAUAAAUAUCUGUAAGUUUAAUUAAUGAUGACAACCUCAUUAACUAUGCUGAGAAAUUCAAGGUGAACAAAUCAAUUUGAAUUAAAAACAAAAAAACUGCGGAUGCUGG